CACGACUGUGAUCUCUUCUCUCGUAGGAUUUAUCCAAAUUUUGCAAGUGCUCGCAAGUGCUGCACAGGACACGCGAAGAGUCGAAGACGAGGGGUGAAAUUGACAAACGCCACAGCUAGUGAACCUAUGACAUUUGGAAAAUUUACUCGAGCGGAAAAUACACUGCUGUCUGUCAUGUAGUACGAUGACGUAUAGUCAAGCUCAUACAGAGUACUUAUUUUUUUUCAACUCUUAUCAUGGGAUCUAGAUUAAGGGAAAAUGUCAAACAGCUGUUUGAAUGCUUCUGUGAAGUAGCCGCACCAAUAGGGGAGAAGCCAGCUUGGAUACUGCAAAAGUAUCCCAAUUCCUUUUUGGACCAAGAGAUACUUAAAUCCGUUCCUAAAUUUGCAUAUCCUUGUGAAUUUGAAAAUUUGUUGGUGCAGCACUUUUCGUUUGUGCUUACCAGCAUAGAUUCGAAAUGGACCUUUGGAUUCUGCCGUCACGAUCCCAAAACAGAAACGGCUUUAGUGGUCCUGAGCGCGCUUCCAUGGCACGAAACAUUUUACAAACUGUUGAAUCACAUUGCGUCCUUGACCAGCAAUGCCAGCGGAGAAGAUCUCUGCAAGUUUCUUGAAAAUGUACAUACGUGUGGAGUUCCAGUGCCUGGAAACUCAAUAUCUAUCCCUUUACCAAAUUCCACAGUGAAUUUUAUUUGUCAAAGUCCAAAACAGUUUCAACUACCAAGUAUUCCCGAGAAUCGCAACUUGACUGAAUAUUAUAGCGCCGUAGAUUCGCACAAUAUGAUGAUGAUAUUCGCGUCUAUGUUGUACGAACGCCGUAUCAUUUUUAUUUCGAAACGUCUAUCGAGAUUGAGUGCAUGCGUACAGGCAUGCAAUGCUUUAAUUUAUCCAAUGAUUUGGCAACAUAUAUACAUCCCCGUUCUGCCGUUGUCAUUAAUAGAUUAUUUAUUAGCACCUAUGCCAUUCCUGAUUGGAGUGCCUACCCUAACGCUUCAGAAAAUACCCAAAAGUGAUUUAGGAGAAGUUGUUAUUUUAGAUGCCGAUAAUAAUACAAUCGAGUCGCCAUUUCAAGAUCUGGAGUCCUUACCUCAAGACGUAGUGACGAAUUUGAAGAAAGCAUUACGCAACAGACCAGCUCUUCUCGGAGAUGGCGUGUCAAGAGCAUUUUUGCGCGCAUUGGUGCAAUUAACCGCGGGUUAUAGAGAAGCGUUAACUUUACAGCAGGGCGAGCGUAUUACGUUCAAUCAAAAUGCCUUUGUUGAAAGCAGGCCAUCCUCUAUGCAGCCCUUUUUACGAAAGAUGUUGGAGUUGCAAAUUUUUCAACAAUUUAUAGAGGAAAGAUUGAACAUGCUUAAUUCAGGACUCGGUUUCUCGGACGAGUUCGAAAUGGAAGCCUGCAGUUAUUCAGCUAAAUCGAGUAGUAAAUUUAUGCAGCAAUACAGGGAAUGGACUUACACUAUGCGAAAAGAGAGCUCUGCAUUUUUCCGUAGUGUAAAAGAUAAGGCUAAUCCAGCAGUUAAAUAUGCUGUUAAGUCAAUGAAGGAUAAAGGCAAAGACAUGAAAACGGCAUAUAAAGGAUUAAAGUGGAAAGGACGGUCUAAUAGAAGUGAAACCAGUAUGAGAUUUCACCAGCCACGAUCGGCUCCCAGCUCGCCUACAUUAGAUAGAAGACCUAUUGAAUUUACAUCUCCACCAAAGUCUCCAAAUGGUGUAGCAGCGACAACUAGUUACCGAAAGGACCUGCGUUUGCGGAAUAGUAAUUUCACUGAUACGAGUAGAAAACAAUACUCACCUUUAAGUCCUAGUUCUCCAGAAGAAUCAGAUUCUCCAUUAGAGCGUAUAAAUAUAGAUCUUAUGCACGAACUUCGAGAUGUGAUAUUUCCAAAUACACCGCCUGUGGAUAGGACGUUGAAACCAGUACGCAGUUUAGACAGCUUGAGACCUGCAUGGAGUGGGCACUUACGGCACGGCCCUCCACCUAGUACUGUCAUUACAGAUUCACGCAAAGUUUCCUCGACCAAGCAAAUUUUAUUUUCCUCAUCCUCUCAUCCCCUUCCCCCAAACAAUUCCAUUAAUCAGUCAAAACCGUUUACUUGUAAUUCAGCAACUACAAAGUCAAACAGUACCGUGGAGAUUGAAACAUUAUUUUCACUCGUCUCGUCUGCGUCACACGAUAAAAGUGCUCGGCCAAGUCGAUUUUUACACGAAUUACAUGUACGUGAUGAUUUCACGAAACCCGUCGUUAACUUAUCAUCGUGUAUUCGUGAAAAGGAGAAUGCAGAGUCUGAAGAGAGAUUUUCUUUAAACGAUAAAAAAUCCAAUCCGAAGGAUAUUUUUAUAUGUGCCGAUCCAAUUCCAAAUACGUGGAAUGGCGAGCCUUUCGAUAGACCUUUCAAAACGUCGAAUUUUCUUCACGAAGUAAACGAAGACGAUCCUUUUGACACGAGUAAAGUAUUUACGCCUACUUAUUUGCAACAAGCUGUGUCACUUUUUCAAUCCGCAAUGCCCGCUCAAUCGACGCCCACUCAAUUUCAUCCAUUAUUACAUCCAUCCGAUACUACAUCCUGCUCUGCACAGGCUAAGAAUUCUCCCGACGUCCCAGAUUUAAUACGGCUAGAUUCGACUAAUAGCAACGACGAUUUUGAUCCGCUUCUAUCUAAAUCUUCGGAAUUUCCGAACGCAAAACAGAUGAGUCAAUCGUUACAUUUACCUGAAAUGGGUGAAGGUCUUAGUAAUCCCUUAUACCCUUACUUUCAACAACCGUCGCACAAAAACGAGAAGCCGAAAACCUCCGAUAACGUCGGUGAUAUGGAUUUAUUACAGGCGUAUGGUAUAGACUUUAAUAAAUUUAGUUUAGCCAAUGGUGAUAAUUCAUCUGUAAUGAAUACCGUCGCAUGUAAUCCAAGUGACAACAGUAUUAAUGAUACGAUGGAUACAUUCAGUUUAACGCUGAAUGCACCUGCCAUUAAAUCACAAAAUAAUUGGACAAAGUUUGAGUAAAUAUUAUUUUGUAUACAUAUACAUAUACAUGUAUGUGUGUGUGUGUGUGUCUAAUAAUAGGUGUAACAUCCGCCAUGGGUAGAUGGAGAGAAGAGUCUUUUACUUUUGUUUGUUACCUAUAUUUUGGGAGAGUAUUAGGAGUGGUCUACAAAUGAUGCGUGACGCCAAUUUCCGCACGCGUAGCAAUUGUAAACGCUGUGCUGUCUUCUAGCCGACUUGUGCGAAUGCACGCUGAUUCACAGAGUUCUAGCAAUUAUAAAUUUCUUAUUAUUCAUUACAAAAAUCGCAAAACGGUAAAAGGAUUUCUAUUCAGUGUAACACUCUUCAUCUACCCAUGGUAGGUAUUGCACCUAUUAUCAGAUACUCUGUAUAUCUAAAAUAUAUAGCAUGUAUACGCACACGCACACAUAUCCUACAUACAUAUAAAUACUGUAGAAACCCUAUACUGCAAAAACGUCGAAAUCGAGUUACCUUUCUCAAUUGUAAUCCUCUCUCUCUCUAAUUCACUCGUUUCCUCACUCUGUCCACAAUUACGUGAUUAUGUAACAAAUGUUGAAUGGAAGAACUGAUGAUUCAAAAUAAGGAGAAUUUACAACACACACACGCGUGCGCGUGAAUAUUGUAAUUGUAAAUAUACUUAAUUGUAAUUGUAAAUUAGUACCUUUUUGUUAUGUAUUUAAAUAUCUUCCAUUAAACAUUCGCAUUAGCCUCCCUUAUAAAAUCAUCCCAUCAUGUCAGCCAAUAGUUAUCUUGCUAUACACAUAAUUAUCGCGCCGUCAAUGAUGUAUACUUUUAUACUUGCACUGUAUACUUUUUGUAUUAAAAACCAAUGGCAUGUACGUUUCGGUCAGUGUGAUAUUUUUAUUUCUAUUAUGGCUAUUAUAUAAUCGAUGUCUUUUCCGUUAUAUCGUUAUUCGUUCACGGAUUGUGCAGCGCAAGAAUAUUAUCUUUUUUUAAUACCAGCAGCACAAUGACUCGUGAUAAUAAAUUUGGACAAACCAAAAAUUUAAGGAUUUUAAUACUUUAACGUUGAUUGAUAUACAUAAUUAAUAUCUUAAAAAUCCGCUGAAAAAGUACUAUAUUUUAGGCCUAUUAAUUUUGAUUGAAGUUCAAUAACUUCCAAAUACUUUGAAGUAACGAAGAAAUCUUCGGAGAUACGAUAAAGGAUCGAAGCCUCGAAGCUUCGAAAAAGUAACAUUCCUAGCGCUAACUUUACGAACGACUAUCAUCGCGGAGUUGGCAAAUAAUAUUUCGUAUAUAAGGUUAUCGUUGCAAUUUAUUUAAAAAAAAUCAAAAUUAGCAAGUAGAGCUUACGAUUCAACACAUUUUUGAAAAUGAACCUUCGAAAUCUUUUAAAACUCCGUAUACGUAAUACCUUCCACGAUUUCUUCGUUACUUUGAAGUCUUUCGAAGCUUGGAAAAAGUAACAAGUAUAUUUGCAAAAAAAACGUAUAUUAUAAAUCAUACAAUACUGUUGCAUUUUCUUACAGAAUUCUAACGUAUCAUUAACAUAUAAUUUCUACAUGACAUACAUUACAUACUUCUCUAUCUACAUUUUACCAAAUUUUCAUGAAAUACUCAAUUAUAUGAGUACAGUUUUAUAAACAUUUGUAGAUGCUAGGUAUAGCAGAACAUUUAACUGUAAUGAAAGCGACUGCAUGUAUGCUAUAGUGAAGGAAACUAAUUGUAAGUGUGAAACGAACGUACCGUACAAUUUCAUGAUUUAGAUUAUUGUUAGAUAUAUCAAUUUUAAUAAAUGUUGCACAUUUAUUGGCAAUGCUUUAUAAUAAAUUAAUGCGAAAAAAUAAGAUACACCAUUUCUAGCAUAAUUAUCAUAUUUUUUAUUAUCCCGUUAUCGCAUCCUACAUAUACAGGGUGUCCCAUUUGAAUUUGGACAGUAAAAUUAAAAUGUCGCAAAAAUGAAGCCCAGCAAGCAAAAUUGUUUCAGACAAAAAUUGUUUAAUGUCGAGGGGGACAUAAGAUGGUGUCAUUAAUUUGACCUUGAAUAGUUGCUUGAGGGUGACGUGAAAGUCAUCUUCAAUUUUUUAAAUAGAACCCCUAUUGUUUAUCAUACUAUCUUAUUAUACUAAUUAAUAUGACCAACUUCGUAUUUAAUAUACGAAACCAAUGUACAACUUAUACUUGCAUCAACAAUCAUAAUCGGCAAUGACAAGUGCUGUGAUAGUAGUUGUUAUUCAUGAAACUUGGGAGAGAUGGGAAGUUUAUAUUGUCAAGAUUAAACGAAAUUACUGAACUGAUCGGAAAUUCUUCAGGGUCGCCAGCAAAAAUUAAAAACAUCAAAAUUGGUUGA